UUCGCGCAUCACAGAAACGCUUGGAUCAUCUAUCGUCUAUUCAAUCAGUUUUCUCAAUUCUCGCGGAGUCAUUGUCAAGGACAGCGGAUCGUUGACGUCUAUGCUUUCCACGAAGUUUUUCGAAAACACCUUUUUAAAACGCAGUUAUAUCACGACAAAUAUUUCCUAACAGUGUCACGCGAAAAAUAAGAAACGAAAUUUUGCAAAGAGGGAAGGGGGGGAAGAAAACGAGAUAGUGAUAUCUUGAGGCUAAAAGGUGGAAUCUUGAGGAAGAGGAAACUGUCAUUAUCCUAGAAACGCUCAGUCAGCGAGAUGAGCUAUCUGAAGUCGAUCGGCACCGCCGUCAUCUACAUCGGCCUCAUUUUGGCCGUCAUCACAUUUAUUCCCGGUUUACCACCGGACUCGGAAUUUCGGGAGUACAGUUUUGUGGAACCGCGCGAUGUAGACCCUAAACUAGGCCCGAAGAAACGACUGAACAAUGCCGAAAAGCUGUUCGAAAGCAAAUUAAUCGGUCCGGAAGCGUUGGCUGCCUACAACGGUCAGCUCUACACCGGCAUUAUGAACGACGGUUACAUCGUGAGGAUCGAGGAAGACGGCUUUGUGCCGAUUGUCACAUUUGGGAAAAAGUGCGAUGGCUUAUGGCAAGAGCACAAAUGUGGCAGACCAUUAGGAUUGAAAUUUGAUAAGAAAGGCAAUUUAUACGCAGUGGAUGCUUAUUAUGGAAUUUUUAAAGUAAAUGUUGCAACUGGAGAGUACAAAAACAUAGUGAAUAUUUCUAAACCGAUCGAUGGGAAAUUUCCACUAAUUCCUAAUAGUAUAGAGAUAAUGGAAAAUGGAGAUCUUUAUUGGACCCAUAGCAGUACAGACUUCGCUCUUUACGACUUAGUCCAGUUAUUUUUUACAAAUCCAUCAGGAAGGCUUAUACGUUAUAAUGCAGCUAAAAAGAAAAACGAAGUAUUGCUGGAAAAUCUUGCAUUUGCAAAUGGAGUUAUACUAAGUGAUGACGAAAAUUUCAUACUUGUGGCAGAAUCGCUAGCAUGCCGUAUUAUAAAGUAUCACUUGAAAGGACCAAAAUCAGGUCAGCACGAAAUUUUCAUCGAAGGCUUGCCAGGUACACCAGACAAUCUUCAAAGUGAUGGUCAAGGUGGUUUCCUCGUGACUACAGUUUUUACUAUAACCUCUGAACAUCCUCAACUUAUUGUCACUCUUACACCACAUCCAUAUUUAAGAAAAAUGCUUGUGCGAUCGUUACUGAUGUUUGAAUUACCAUUUAAAUUAUUGCAUGAUAUUUAUCCCAGCACCUUUACGGAGAAAGUUAUGCAUGCAAUUGGAUCACAUCAUAUCGCGGGACAAUUUGAUAGUUAUGGGAAAAGUCUUGUAUUGAGAAUAGAUGCAUCUGGUAAUAUUAUGGAAGUCCUUUCUUCGGACGAUAACACAAUCCGUAGUAUUAGUGAAGCUCAUAUACAUAAUGGUUUUGUAUGGUUUGCCAGUCCAUGGCGAAAUUAUCUUGCAAGAAUUCCGUUACAACAAGCUUUCCCUGAUCUAGCUAACAAUGAAAAGCAAUCUUCUCGUAUAAGAAACGAGAAUGCUGCCGCUUCGAAUGUAAAGUCAGAAAGAGCGAAGCGAGACACGAUGACAUCUGCAUCAAUCACAUCUAAACCAACUCCUACUUCUACGCCUAAGCCAAUCGAUGCUCCUACAAUAUCUAAGCCAACUAUCGCGCCAAAACCGUCCUCAAUUCCUAAAGAUAAACCUACUACUACAGAUAAUAAUUAUGCAAAACCGUCGGAUGUUAAAUCAACUUCGACAUCUGCGAAUGCCGAAGUAAAAAAGAAGAGUACAGAAACAAUUAGCGACGCAAAACUUAAUAUAAAAUCAAAAUUGCCGAAUGCGAAAUCCGAAACAGAUAAUAAAAAUGAGGAUGUUGAAAAGAAAAAUAUUAAAUUUAGAAAAAACAUAAAAGAAGAACAAGAUGCUUCUAUUAAAGAAAAAGUACAAAAAUCACCUCCUGAGAAAAUUAAACCAGUAGAAGCAAAACGUCCAAGAGAUGAUCUCUAAUAAAAAAAUUAAUAAACGAUGAUUGCAUUGUGAUACCAUCAAUACUUGUUGAAAAGGUACAUUCCAUUUUUCAAAUAUUUCAAUACAAAAUAAGUUAACGGUUAUAGAUUAUAUCGAUUUUUCGCAGUAAUUUGUUUUGAAAUACAAUUAUAUCAAAUUUGUUGUUACAAUAGGCGAUUUUUGGCGAUCGUUUGGUAUAUGUACCAAUACAUACUAGAAUGUUUUCGUGUGUUUUUGUUUUGUAGUAGAUACGUGACUAGCCAAUUUGGUAUUUACCUGGUUGAUACCAUGCUAUACUGAGCAGUGAAGCAGGGUAUAUAUUGUUAGUUGGUACAUGUAUCAAAACAAUCGCCAAAAAUCGCUUAUUAUAUCAAAGUCACAAGUGCACAAUCAAUUAUGUAUAUAAGAUGAUUAAUUAUUGAUAAUACAAUCGGAAGGAUAAUUAUCUUAAUAAUUUUAUAUUGAAAAAUAAUUUACUUGUAAGAAUUUGUUUUACAUAUGAGAUUCUGUUUUUGAGGAAAUCAAAACUAUCUUUGUCAUACUUUUUUGAAAUUAUAUAACUUUUAAUUGCACUUAUAAUUGCAACAUAAAUUAUUUAGUUUACGUGUUACGUAUUGUGAUAUGUUAAUUUGUAUAUAUAAAUAAUCAUACAAGUAAAAGUUGGGAUUACAUAAAUUACAAAAUAUAUCAAGAAUAUUCUUAUUUUUUCAAAUAGAAUAUUCUAUUUUUAGUUGAAUGCAUAUAUAUGUUCUAUUGACAAAACAAAAGAAAUCCGCUGUUGAAUUAAUAAGAUCAGUGAAAAUCAUACAAAUCUAGCGGUCAAAUAAAAAAACAUUAAGAUAUAAAAGAUAUUUACUAACUUUCUAAUUUUUCAAUUCAUUUUUUUUAAACAAAUAUAAAUACAUUUUGUCAUACUUUUUUUAGAUUUACUUCUUUAUAUGGAAUCACUCAAUUUUUCCGAUUGUACUAUCAACAAUUAUUUGUAUCAUCUUAUGUGUAUUCCAUAAUAGAACAAGAUAACGCAACAAUGCACUGAAAAAAUUUAAUAGCUUUAUUAAGUGAUUAAAUAAGAAUAAAAGUUUAAAAAAUUUUAUAUGUUAAUGAAUGAUAUAUAAUAUAUAGAUAUAAAGUUGAAAGUAUUGUUCUAAUAAAUUUUCUUAUAUAUUUCGACAAUAUAUACUAAUUUCAUAGUAUAUACAUAUUAAUUUUCAUAUUUAUAUAUCUGAAUUGUGUAUUCUCAAAUUCUUAUAAUAUAUAAAAAAAGUUAUUUUUGUUUUCGUUUUGUUUUUUGUUCUUUUUUUUUCGCGGCGUUAAUUAUUUUGGGCAUUACUUUUGUCUUUAUAUCGUCUUUCAAUUACAGACUCGAAUAUUAGAAUUAUAUUAAAAUAAUUAAAGCUGUAACAUAAAUUUAUAAGAGAGAAUUAAUAAUAUAUUAAAUUGUUUAAGUUUUGCAUUUCUAUUUGUGCAAUAAAUAAUCUUGAAUUAAGUUUACACUUAUUAUUUUUAUAUCUUUAUUUACAAUGUAUAGAAAAUAUUCAUAAAAAUUUAUGUAAAUUAUGCAUAAGUGAAUAAAUCUCGAAAUGAUACAGAUAUAUGAUAAAGAACCGAUAAUGAAUAUUUUUGUUAAGUUUGACUGGCAAUUAUGAAUUGUAAUAACUUUGUUAUCUGGUGUCAGGUUUGAAAUGUAUGAUAUAUAAUUAUAAGACCUAUAUAAUUUAGCAAAAUUAUACAAAUAAAAACAAAUUUUUAAAUAA